ACAGAUACAACAGCCACUUCUGAUACCAAUACCUGAGCAGUUGCAGACUUCCAUCAGGGAGAUGAAUGAAAGUCAAAGUUUGGGUCACGUGGCUGGCAUUCUACCGAAAAUGGUGGAGGUGGAGGUGGAUCCGCACUGCAGACCUUGGCGUCAGCUUUAUCCGUUCCUCACCGACUUGGAUCGAAAAGUGCAAAUCAUGGCUACACGUUCACCACGGAUUGGUUCCAUAUGACGAAGCCUAUGGCCAAGAGGCUCUGACAGGUCUUGAGAUCAAUUAUCCAAGGCUUGGUGCCCGAGACUGUGCAGCCCAGCGCUCGAUUAUUGCUACUGCUUCGCAUCCGCUAUGGCACGACCAGGCAGCUGCUUGAAGGGUUUGAGGGGCCAAAAUGAGGCGCAGAGAGGGACAUAUCCAUGUAUGACACCACCAAAUCCAGGGCAGAGCAGAUCAACCAGUUACAGUAAGUUGAGCACGCAAUGUGAUUGACACUUCAUACACCGCAUAGGUCACACUACAGGCACUUGCAGACUGGGCAGAAUUACAGAGCAAGGCUUGAGGCUCGGCCAAGCUCGAACACCAAGUCCAUAGAAACUCCGUUGUUGCGCCCUCUCCCACUCUUCCCCUCUUCUUUUUAUUUUCCAAUCGUCUAAAUGGAUUAUCUCCAUUGUCAUACAGUCCUAUAUGCUUGUGCGCCGCGACACAAGCCAAUAUGACUGGUGUGGUAACUACAGAGGAAUUGCUCAAAAGGCUUGAUGAGCAGCAUCAAGCUUACCUCACAACCUUUCGACAAGUCCAUGAAGCUCUGGCCAAGACAGCAGCAGCUGGACAACACCAGAUUCUUACUUCCCCGGAACCCACGUCCCCAGGGUUGGCGAAUUCCCAUGCACCAACCUCCAAUGUGAUGCUAACUCGAUCAUCGACUUUCCCAAGACCGAGUUCGCCAUUUCCACCCACAGCACAGACGCCUACGUCCCCAGGACUCUCAGUUAUACUCCCCAAACGACAUAGACGAUCAUUCACAGAACUUGAUGGAGAGAGGCCCGUCACGAUUCACAGCAGCCUGUUGACUGGGGACAGCGACGACAGUGACAACGAUGACGAGCUCUACGUUCAAGCCCCAUUGCCGUCCUAUACAUACGACUACGAAGAUCUGCGGAAUCAUUUAAAGACAUAUACAUUCAAGGAGCAUGGGGGUAUUCUGCUAGACACGGUGGUUCAUAACAAGCGAUUGCUUUACCCUUCACUCUUCCCAGAGUACCCGGAGGACGAGAGAUGGCAUCUAUCACACUAUUCGGUUUUUGACGUUUCAACAGAUGGAGCUCCAUUAUCACGGCGAGAGGUUGUGAAGGACGGCACGACCUCAAUUGACUCUGCUGUAUGGCAGGCUAUCCAGGAUUUGAAUGCGAAUCCAGAUUCCCAGAGACCUGCAGUAGGCCGUAUCACAAUUGUUCGCGAGCCUUCUCCAGUUAUGCUGGGAGCUCUGCAUCUCGUCAACAACAAAGAUUUUGAUAUGGACGAGCUUUUCGAUUAUCUGGUGGAAGAAAACAUAACGACCGCGCACAUCCAUGGCCGAGCCUACUCACCCGACCACCGACGCCAACGAACCUUUGUAUUCGAGUUCGACUACUUCACAAUCGUUGGUGACGAGAUUCAACCGAUGCCAUGGCAACGAUCGGAUUCAGCCGAGAAGAUAAAAAGAAAAGGCGAAGGCCAUAUUCCAAUAUCUCGAUGUAGUUCUGUCGUCGCAUUGUCUUUAGGAGGCAAUCCUAUCAGGAAGUUAAGAAAUCCGGCUCGCAAAGCGAAGACCCAACAUGGGUUUGUAUACGAUCCAUGGGCUCCGUGGCAGGUGUUGAAUAUACAAUGUUACCCGGACCACAAACACAGUAUGGACAGUCAUGACUCCACAAAACACUAUGUGAAUGGUCCCGAGGCUUUCCUACACACACUGCUUGCCGAAUUCAGGGAUGCCCAAAAGAGAUUUAGGGAUAUCCAGAAGAAGAUCACCACUCUUGUGAUACCACCGGCCGAUUUCAUGUUCAACGGAGAUUUGAGGGAUAAGCUGCUAUUCGAGGACGCUGAGUUCACAUAUUCAAGGCGAUAUUUCUGGGCCUUUCAAACCCUGGGAUUGAUGAAUGAUAGCAUUAAAGCUAUAAUACAUGCAUACGAGGAAACAUUUACAGAUGAUGUUUGGCAAGGAAAACAUAAGAGCAUGUGGCCAAUGAUCGACCAAGAUUCCCAUCGAAACAUUUACUACCUGAAGAAAAUGGCAAAUCUUAAACCGGAAUUUGAAAGGGAAAUCAAAAACAUGCUCAAUUUGUACGAGGAGAAUGAUGAUCGGAGGAAAGAAAUCAGAACUCUACGGGAUCAACUGUUCUCGGGCACUUCAGUACUAGAAAGUAGGAAAAGUGUCGAGCUCUCUGGCGUCACCAUUCUGCAAGGCCAUAACAUCAAACUCCUUACACUGGUCUCGAUCUUCUUCCUCCCUCUUACUUUCGUCACCUCCGUCUUCGGCAUGUCAAAUAUGCCAUCCGAGGGUUUCAAAGACUUCACAAUCACCAUGGUUGCCGUAUGCGUCCCAUUCUUCCUGCUGAUCGGUUCACUCAACACAACCUCUGGCAUGGAAUUCUGGCGUUCUAAGUGGCACAAAUUAUUAGCCUGGGUAUUUCGUAACCCAGCUCUUCUUCUAGAUGAAGCCCCAAAGCCAGACAACGGAAACAAUCCCGGAGACUUCCGCAAAAAGCGCACAUUCUCAGCCACCGAAGCAACCCAAGCAAUCAAUAUCCGCAAAGCACAGAUCCACCAACGACGGAGCCGCUCCUCCCUUUCCCUCAGCAGCCUCAGAGAUCAUAAAGAUAAAGACAAAAGCAGAACUUCUGUCUCUACGACACCGCCACAGAUCGAGAUCUCGAGUGAGGAAAUCAAUAGUGGAAAUGUGUCUGAGAAAUCCUCAGAUCCGCCGAAGACGGUCACGCAUGUCAUGUCGCCGAUUACGCCAACAGGAAGGAUGGACAAGCCAGCACAGAGGGAGAGUGGGAGGGGGAGGUCGUGGUGGGAUAGAUUAGCGAAGAGGAGGAGGAAGGAGGGAGUGGGGCAGGAAGGGAAUGUAUAACUGGCGGGUCGCCAACCCAUCUUCAAUUCUCUCCAGUGAUGUCAAACGCCAACGAUUUGGCGGGACAAGUUGCUGGAGGAUGCACAUAUCAGAUCUUUCAAAUGUAUAUACAGCCAAGUGCAGUGAAGGCUAAGCGUCUGAUGUAGCUGCCCUUCACCAACUCAAAACCAAGAACGAGUCCGAGAUAUCUGCUCAAUAAGCCUAACUGGAGAGGAGUCACACCAACGAAGCUAUCUUACAUGUAUUCACACUCCCCUCCAACGUCACAUCUUCGAGCUCACACAAAUCAUCCAAGCUAUCACCCAUACCAAAUCAAAUCAAGCACCAAACGCCCCCACCGCCUCCAACAAAAACUCCACCGUCUCCUCCGGCCUACUCAACAUCGGCGCAUGCCCACUCCCCACCUCCCUCAUAACCACACUCCCGCCCUGCUCCCUCGCCAUCUCCACCACCAUCCCCUGAACCUCAAACGGCAACCCCCUAUCCUCCCUCGUCCCCAAAAACCAACAAUCCACAUCCCUCCACCCCGCAUAAACAUCCUCCCCACCAUCCCUCAACGCCCUCACACUCUGCCUCGUCACCUCCGCAACCCACUCCCUCCCCUCCUCAACAGGCAAAUCAUGAUAGAAUAACUCUCGAACCCCCUCGUCGUCGAGAGUGAAUUCCGCGAACCCGGAAUCUGAGAUCUUCCAGAACGGGGGAGGAGACCCGCCUGUGCUGCCGAGGAAGGAUGUCCCUGUGGCGCAGAAGCCGGUUGCGAUUAAGCAGAGGCCGAUGACAUGGCCUUGGCCGUUUUUGAGACUACUCUCAGUUGUGUCUCCUGCUCCUUUGCUGACAUCUAGAUGUGAUGGUUUCUUGGUCAAUCCUCUAAUGGCGCUCGCGCCGGGGAGACUUCCAUACGACCAGACGACAACCACGACAUCUCUUCCCUGCGUGGUCUCCGACGUGAUAGCCUCACGGACGGCAAGUAGAUCAUCUUUGAACAUGGCGGAUGCGUCGCCGAGUGUGGAUGGGAGGGUUGGUGUUAGGGAUUUGUAGCCGUGGGUGUUAAGCAGGGCGGUUACUUUUGACCAGCAGCUUGGUUUGUGCCACUAUAAAGUUGGAGAGGAGAGUCAGUGCAACUCGACCGCUUGGAGUAAAUGUGUUUUGUAUGGGGAAUGGAAGUCCUCGAACGGACAGAUGCCACUUACUGCUCCUGGAACAAACACAAAUGUCGGCCUUCGAGAGGUUGCCAUCGUCUCGUAAAUACCUCGUGAUCUCGAAAGGUAAGGUAGUAACAGAUUUAUUUUGACGUUGAAUCCUAAUCGAGACCGAGAUAUGUCAAAGCGAGAUAAAACCUUCUUCAAGUCUCUUACUCCAAGCCCAGGAAAAGUCAACGAGAAUUGAAUCUGUGUUGAAUUAAAUUAACACCCCAAACACAAAGUAAUAUCCCCAAUCCAGCACAGGAAAAUCAUUCUUUAUAUACCACGCCCUCUUCAAGCCCAUAAAAUCUCUCGCCCGAAUACCAACGGACUUUAGAUCGCAAGCCUCUCUUCUCUAGCUCCCGUCCCUGUGUGACCCGAUUGUUCUUCCCCUCUUCUUCCCCACCCUCGCCUAUUUUUCGCGAGCCCCUGAGUCUGCUGAUCCAGCUGCCCUGGUGGGUACCUUGCCUACGCACCCGUGCAGCGUGGCUGAUUCACAGUGGUGCGAAUGGACUAGCCGCAUUCGAACACUACAGUGUACUGAGAGCAUGCCCAGUACG